AGUUAGAGAGCCUUUGUUGUGAAUUCCGGUUUUAUCUCUGAAAGGAGUAGCUUUAGCACGUAUGUGUGUGUAUGUAUGUAUGUGCAUAUAUAUAUAUAUAUAUAUAUAUAUAUAUCUAUAUAUAUGUGUGUGUGUGUGUGUGUGUUUGUUCGCGAGUGUUGCGUGUCCAGAGUCUAAUAACCAGUGAACAUUUGUGAUUUGAUCUUCAGUCUUGGUGCUGUAGUAUUGACGAGCAGUUUGUUCGAGUUUUAACUGGUCUGACUUGUAUUUGUCUAUGCGUUGAUGUUGCUUCUUGCUUCCAAUGUUUCUGAGUGGAUCCCUACCACCAGGUUGUUGUGGUUGUGACGGUGGAGCCAUCUCGGAACGAAUUCCAGAAUCUUCAUCUCCGUCAAUUAUUCCCUUACGUGGUCUCUUCUCAUGCCAACUGUCUUACAUCUGUCAGUAGCACGUCUUUUCUGGAUUAUUCGGCGAAAUUCUUCAUUGAGAGAAACCUUCGUGUGGGUAUUCACAAGGUGUUUACCUUGUGUAUGACGAAACAAACAGAAGGGGCGCUUUGUCUAGUCUUUCAGGAAGAUUCACUUUAGAAGAUCGGACUCUCUCGUAUCAGUUUGAGUUGUUUAUUCCGUGAUGCAUCGCAUACAUGGUGAAGCAGGCACGAUCUCUUCUUGCUCUCUUUCCGCUCUCUUCUCUGUAGCUAUUGCUACCGCAUCAACAGCAGCGCCAAGAUUCCGUUGAAAUCUCUCGAUUUUGGGAAGAGUUUAAUAUAUAACAUAUGCGAGGAUAUUGAGGCGAUGGCGAACCAUAGAAUCAUGGAAGAGGGCCGGAGUUUAACUGCAUACGAAUCUGAAGGAGACAUUAUGGAAGCUGGAUGUGUUUAGGUUAUAUCAUUGUUUGCCAUGAGUUUGUGGAAUAUUUUGGGCUGAGUGUUAGGAAGAUGUAGACCUUCAGGGAGCUUGAUUAAACAAUAAAGCUUUUUGUAGGGGCCAGCACGAUUCGAAAGAGAUUCGAAACAAUCUUUCAAGAUGGGGAUCAUUGGGGCAAUUUUGAAGAAUCCCGAGGACUUGCACCAUCUGUUAAAGCUGAAGAUGGCUUCAGCGGCAGCAAAUAGGGCUAUUCCUUCGGACCCCAAUUUGGCUUUUUGCUAUCAAAUGCUAAGACGGGUCUCUGGAAGCUUUUCCAUUGUUAUAUUGCAGCUGGAGCCUGGGCUUCGCAACGCUGUAUGCGUGUUUUAUUUGGUUUUGCGAGGCCUCCAAGCUGUUGAAGACGAUUUGACAAUACCUUAUGAUUUGAAAGUUGAACUUCUGAGAAACCUUCAUAAGAAGAUCUUUGAUCGCGAUUUUCAUUUUCCUUGUGGAAAUAACGACUACAAGCUUUUGAUGGAUAAGUUUUACUUGGUGAUUCUCGCCUUCUUGGGGCUGACAACCGGAUAUCAGGAAGUGAUCACUGAGAUUACUGAGCGAAUGGGCGAGGGCAUGGUGAAGUAUUUGAACACCGAGAUUAUUUCUCGUGAGGAUUACAACGAAUACUGUCACUUCAGUGCCGGGCUCAUGGGUUUGGGUCUCACCCGCAUUUUUUACACUGCUGGAAUGGAGCAGUUUACUCCUGAUUAUCUUUCAAAUGCAAUGGGCUUGUUUUUGCAGAAAACAAAUGUGAUUAGAGAUUACCUGGAAAACAUCAACGCCCAACCCACAUCGCGCUUACGCUGGCCAAAAGAAGUGUGGUCGAAGUAUGCUGACAAGCCUGAGGCCUUCAUGGAUGAAACGAACUACAAGCAAGGUUUACACUGUCUGAACGAGAUGGUGACUGAUGCUCUCUCACAUGGCUUAGAUUGUCUACAUUACAUGGCAGCUUUGCAGGACCAACCAAAUCUUCGAUUCUGUGCCACUUUUCAGAUUACUGCGCUAGGAACUCUGGCCAUGUGUUAUAACAACGUGGAAGUUUUCAGGGGAUCUGUGAGAAUGAGAAGAGGUUUGACAGCCAAAAUCCUAGAUGUGAAGAACAUGGUCGAUGUUUAUGGCGCGUUUUACGACUUCACCCGCCUAAUUGCUGCCAAGAUUGACAAGACAGACCCUUCUGCUGUCACAACUCACAAGUUUGUAGAUGAUAUCCGUUCAAUCUGCAGAUUUGAAAUCAAAAACAGGCGGGCUUUCACGAUAGAGAGUAAAUUCGGACACGAAACCUUCCUGGUUGUGGCGUUGUUUGUUAUACUGGUGAUUAUGCUUCUGAUCGUGACGAAGCAGUAGAAAGAACAGCUGAACGUAUUACGAAGUACUGCAGAGCCCCUGGAGCUAUAAAGUGAAGGGGAUUGGCCAGAUACCCACCCAUGGGUAUAAUAGCUCCGUGCUUUUUUUUUCUGCCUUCCGAUUAUAAGGCAUUUGAAAACUGGCUUUUUCAAAGAGUAGUUUCCGUUAUGUUUUCUCUACCAGACUGGCAGCUAACUGACGAGCUGGAUGGCUUUCUCUUCAACAGUUGCGCAACUGGGGUGGCUAUUGAUUGAGCUCCAUGCAAACCUGCUGCCCUUCAGCAGCUAAUCUCAGGCUUGACUCCAUGGUUCUAGUGGAUGUCUUCUACUGGGGCAUAUUUUUUUUCUUCUCCCUGCUCACUGUACAGUAAGGGCAGAUUCGCAAGCGAUGUUUUUUUGGCUUCUCAAAUCGGUGAAGCAAUGCUACCAACAUCGGUUCAUGUGGACUAUUGAAUAUGGGUGUUAGAGAUGCUAGUUGUUCUUCAGCUUUCAGGAGUCACUUUUUUUUGCAAGGCUCCAGGUCUCACGUAAAUAGAUGGAGAAUUAGUCGCCUACUGAGAGCUUACUUCGUAAGUUUCCAUGCGAGCCAUGAACAUAAUUUCAGCCGUGUUAACUAUCGUGAAGUGUUUUUUUCCAUUUUAAAUGGUAAUCCUGUUCUUCUUUCUUUUAAUAUUUUAUUAUUAUUUUGCCCUUC